AACUUCUGAUUACAAUAUUUCAAGUACAUCGAUUGAUUAAUAUCUCGCAAAUCUACUUAUCUUGGAAAUUAAGAUUUCAAGCAUCCCCGUCCCGUAAGAUCGUUUUAAUCGUGUCCUUGGAAUCCGUUCGGCGAUCGCAAUGGAGAGUGGGAGGUUGGAUUUAGAUAGCGGCGAGGCAAACGGUGUCGCGAAAGAAACGGCAGUUGUUGCCACGUACAAGGCGCUUCCGGAGGAGGUUGUGAACAAGACCGAAUCAACCGAAAAUACUACCAUGGGGAAAUCAAACAUUGAAAAUGAUGUCGACGAUGGGGCCCAUGAGACGAUGCUCAAAAAUGAGAACAAAGUUUCUCCCACGAAAGAGGGGUCCGAGGUGAAAUAUAUUUCUGAAAACGGAGAUGCCAAGAUUGAUAUGAAGGCAGUUAAGCAAGCUCUUUCUGGAAUGGGCAAGGAAGAGUUGAUGAAAUUUGCUAAUGAUCCAUUUUGGGUUCGAUUGAGAUGGUUUUUAUUCAUCACUUUUUGGUUACUUUGGGCUGCUAUGUUGGCGGGUGCCAUAGCUAUUGUAGUGAUGGCUCCGAAAUGCUCAGCACCCAAACCGAAAGAAUGGUGGGAGAAAAGUCCAAUUGUACAGUUAGAUCCAGCUGAGACGAGCAGUCACAAUUUAAAAGGUGUGGAGGCUCUGUUGGAUACUUUACAAGGACAAAAUAUAGGUGCAAUUUCUCUUGCAUCAGUGGUUAAAGGAAAUGCGAUAGAUGGAACAGAAGACUUUAAAGAUACUAAUCCAAAAUUCGGAACUAUUAGCGAUUUAGAGGCUCUUGUGAAAGCAGCAAAAGAUAGAGAUCAGCAUAUUAUUUUGGAAUUAGAUCCAACUCAUACGUCAACUGAACACCCAUGGUUUAAACGUUCUGUUGAAAAGGAAGAUCCAUUCACAUCUUACUAUGUUUGGGCAGACGGAAAAACAGCAUCUGAUGGUAGACGUAAUCCACCUAAUAAUUGGUUGAGUGUAUUUGGAGGCUCUGCGUGGGAAUGGAAUGAACAGAGGGGACAGUAUUACCUUCAUCAGUUUAAUAAAAGUCAACCCGAAUUGAAUUACAAUAACCCAUCUGUAGUUACUGAAUUUGCUGAUGUUCUAAGUCACUGGUUGAAAUUAGGAAUCAAUGGUUUUCGUUUAGCCAACACUCAAUACUUAACCGAGGAUCCAGAACUUCGUGAUGAAUUUAGAAGUACCAUUCCAACCGAAGCAGAUAAUUAUGAUUCAUUAGUACAUGCUUAUACGAGAGAUCGUACAGAGAAUGCUGCAGUCUUGUCAAAAUGGCAAGAAAAAGUUUACAAUGAAACAGACAAUAAAGGAUUGUUUGCCCUCCAAGAUGACAUUGGAACUGAUAUUUUACAAGUUUACAAUGAGAAGAAAAGACUGAUUGAUAUCCCACAAAGUUCUCAGUUCUUCACUACUGCUAAUAGCAGCAUAAAUGCGACAACUUUACGCAGAGGUAUCUCACAGUGGCUCAAUUUCACUUCAUGGCCUGCUUGGGAUCUCAAUGGUAAAAAGAGUACUCUGAGGCAAAGAAUGCCUGCAGAUAUAGCAGACAGUUUGGUACUUAUGACCUUACUUUUGCCUGGUACUCCAAUCAUCACAUUAAAUGAUACUUUAAUGGCAAAAGAUUCAUUUGCAACUUUGUCCAAAGCACGCGAGAGUGUAACAUUCCUUUAUGGGGAAACAAUGCUUAGGACUGUUAAUGGAAGUGUAUUUGUAUACACAAGGUUGAAGAGUGGUAAUCCUGGCUACUUAGUAGCAUAUCAAACAUCAGAAGAAUCCACUGUAGAGGACUUGUCCACAAUACCACAAAUUUCGGACGAAGUUAGUGUGAUAGCAUACAGUCCUAAUUAUGUACAGGAAGGCGAAACAAUAAGAACGAAGUUGCCCUCUAAGAAGGUUCCUAUAUCCGCUAAGAGCACCGUUGUUUUAACGUUUGUGCCAAAGAAUUAAAUUAAUCAUAACGUGAUGAUACGCUGCAUUUACCAAGUAUAUAAUCUCUUAUUGUUCUCAAGUAAUGACAUUUAUUAAGCCUAAUUAUGUAUUCUCUUCGCAAAUGGCAAGUGUGUGUAAUUAAAUGCGAUAUGGCAAAAAUAUAUAGUAUUGUGACUAACCCAUCAUUACGUUCUAA